CAUCACAACACCCACAUCGCAACUUGCGCCGCCCUCACCUUUGCUCGACCACUUCUUCGACUUCGUGCGCACUUUAUCCGUCUCGGCGAUCUUCUUGCCCUUUCUGCAGAGGCGCGUCGCAGCGCGACAUUUCUGCGAAUAUUGGUAAGACAGACUCGCGCAAAGCCUUUGUCUACCGCUUGCGCCUCAACACCCCCGUUGCGCUCGAGGCGCAUUGCGUCGCUUAGAGAUGGCCGACGAGUACGAUCCGACCGCGCCACCAACCUUCGAUGCCGCCGCGGUCGAAGACCACGAGGACAGCUACGACCCGGCCAGCUAUGGCGACGAUGGUGGCCAACAAGACGAUGCCAACGACGAAGACGACGACUACGAUCCUUCGAGUAUGAACUAUGGCGACGACGCCGCGCAGUCGACCCCAGCACAGUCCAAGCCGCAAUCUCCCACGCAAGCCGAAACGACAGCCCCAAAGUCGCAAACCAAAGUCGCUGGCUUCAUAGUGGAAGAGAGUGAAGAUGAACAAGACACGAGCGUGCCGGCGCCAUCGCAGGUUAACGGCAAUACAGGUGCUCACUCUGGUCUUGGUGCGGUCGCGCAAUCUGAAGCGCAGGAUGUAUCGUUAAAUAGUGCACCACAUGUUGACACAGCUGAAGCAAGCUCAAGUCUCAAUGGGUUCACUGUUCCAGUCCCUGCAUCUUCUAGUACUCCAGUUGCCCCAAAAGUCACAUUGCAGCAGACAGCUCCACAGUCAGGUCAAGAGGGUAAGACAGUGUCUACCGCGGCCUCUGCGCAGCCGACACCGCAACCCACUCAACAGAGCAUCGCGCCGACCCCGCAGCCUCCGGCGCAAGAGUCUAGCCUCCCUUCAGUACAGGCUCCACCGGCAAGACUUCCACAUGACAAAGUUGGGCAGCUCGAGGACCGCAUCAAAGAUGACCCCAAAGGUGACAUUGGUGCAUGGUACGAGCUCAUCAAUCACUACGCCGCCAAGGAACAGUACGACAAUGUUCGGACUGUGUACCGGAGAUUCUCUGAGGUGUUUCGGACAGCGGUCAAGCUCUACCAGGACUGGAUCAAAUUCGAGAGCGAUCUCGACCGCCGGCAUGAUGUGAGCAUGAUCGUCAAUACUGCGCUCGCAAAAGAGCAAAUUUAUCAUGUGGCACUGUGGAAGAUUUACCUUGACACCGUCCGAAGAGAGCAUCCCCUUGUCGGAGACUCGACUGGUGCGAAUCGAAACAUGCAUCUUGCGGCAUUCGAAGCGACCCUGGGCGCGAUUGGAAUAGAUCCAGACGCAGGCGAACUCUGGCGGGAAUACGUGGACUUUGUUAAGGAUGGUCCAGGAACGCUCGGUGGACAAGGUUGGCAGGAUCUGCAGAAAGUCGAUUUGGUCCGGAAGGCGUAUCAGCGAGCCACAAAGGUCCCUCAUUCCGAGCUUGUGAAGUUGUGGAAGGAGUAUGAAGCAUUUGAGAUGAGCAUCCACAAGCAAACAGGCCGAAAACACGUUCAAGAGCAGAGCCCGCACUACAUGCAAGCUCGAACUGCGCGCAUGCAGCUCGAACAGAAGAUCCAAGGACUCGAUCGGACAUCCUUGCCGCGGCUGCCACCCAUCUACGGCUGCGCUGGGGAAGACGAGUUUGGGGAGCAAGUAGAAAAAUGGCGGUCGUGGAUUGCAUGGGAACGCGACGAAGAUCCGCUGGUUUACAAAGGCUCAGAGGAUGAGGAGUGGCGGAAGCGAGUCAUCUACGCCUACGAUCAAGCGACGAUCUUUCUAUGCUUUUAUCCACAGAUCUGGUUUGAGGCAGCCUCAUGGUGCUUCUCUACGGGGAUUGCCGAUGUCAUCGCACGUGGCGACGCAUUUCUGGAGAAAGGUAUGCAGAUGAACCCCGAAUCUGUACUGCUUGCCAUGAUGAAGGCAGACCGCAUCGAGAGUGAUCUGGAACCCGGCAACACCGAGGAGGUCCUCAUCCGCAACGGCGACAGACUCGACAAGCCAUUCGCUGAUGUACAUGCCGCGCUUUACGCGCUUCGUAACAAGGCAAUGGACAAAGACAAAAUUGCCCUCGCUCAAAUUGAAGCGCACUUCAACUCAAUGCCGCCGGAAGAGGAACCGCAGAAUGCACAAGAGGAUGACGACGAGGAUGAACCAGCUGAGAAACCUCUCACCCGCACAGAGCAGAAGAAAGCCCAGAUCGAUGCAGUAAAACAAGCAUCCGCGGCGCACCUUGACAUGUUCAAGCGCACGAUAUCAUACGUUUGGGUGGCAAAGAUGCGGGCUUUCCGUCGUGUGCAAGGCCAAGGACGGGCACCAAAAAAGAAUGACGAAAAACCAAAGCCAUACGUCAAAGGUUCUAGAGCAAUCUUCAGCGAGGCACGACCAGGCGGACCGCUUUCAAGCGAAGUGUACAUCGCAGCCGCCCUGAUGGAAUGGCAAUGCUACCGUGACCCUUCUGCCAUCAAGAUCUUCGAGCGUGGCAUGAGAUUGUUCCCCACCGACACUGCUUUCAUCCUCGAGUAUAUCAAGUACCUGACCAGCACGCAAGAUGCCACAAACGCUCGAGUUGUGUUCGAGUCCACAAUUCCGAAGAUUAUGGGCAGUACAGAGCUCACCCACGAGCAGAAGCAGGACAGCUGCCGCCCAUUGAUUGGCUACAUGCAUGACUUUGAGAGCAAGUAUGGAGAUCUGGCACAGAUUCACAAGAUCGAGAAGCGCAUGGCUGAGAUAUACCCUGAAGAGCCUGAGAUCGCUCGCUUUGCUCAUCGCCUGGAACUGCAAACAUUCGACGCUAUUAAUGCACAAAUCAUCAUUAGUCCGAGCCAGGCACAGCCGAAGCCUGUUUCGUCGCUCCCGCCCGGCGCUGCCGCCCAGCAUAUUAUGGCAGGACAGUUAGCUGCAAGCAUUGAAGGGCCAACAUCGCCAAAGAUGGGCGGUGCUGCACCUGAGAUUCUACUUGGUCCCAAUGGUCCAUACAUCGCCUCACCUAAGCGCCCUCUCGAGUCUGACGAUGAUGGACCAAAUCGCAAAUUCAUGCGUGGUGAAUCGCCUCUCAAGAACGCUCCUGGGGUGCGCCUCGCAGCUACGACAUCGGGUUCAGGCAAAGGAGGCUUCGCCACGAAGACUUUCGUUCCGGUCAAUGGUCCUCCUGUGCCAAGUGGAGUCUCUGCUCCGCCACCAGGACUCCCGCCUAUGCCCAUUGGUCCACCUCCUCUCCCAGUCGCGGUCUUGAAUGUGCUGUCCAUCAUUCCGCCUGUUCACACGUACAUUGGCACGAGGCUUGAUCCAGCGAAGCUUAUUCAGCUGGUCACCAGUGUUCCAAUUGAGCAGACUCGCGCUGCUCACCAGAAUGGCACGCUGAACUUGAAGUUCCGACCAUUGUAGUGUGGUGCUUGGAUGUAGAAUACUGCAGUACGUCGAUGGGCAGCAUGGAGCAGUACCCACAAGGUCUCCGAGAAGGACUGUGAUCGGUGGACGACCAGCGUUAUAACUUGUUGCAAUGGCGAGACGAAACGUCACUCUUCUUGUACUAUAGAAAUUGUGCGAGUGACCAACACAAGGUGGUCAAAAGAAUUACAAUACGUGAAAAGCUUCAAGUCCGUUCC